CCGCCGUCGGGGUCCCACAGUUUCUAGCCGCCCCUCUCCUCAGUGCCCGGAGGCCCGGGGAGGGCCUGGGAGCCCAAGGCCGUCCCCGAGUCGGUCCUGGGUCACUGGCACGAUGCAGGCCGUUCUCUCGGCUGAUGGGUUGGAAGCCCAGCGAGGCUAGAGGCCAGUCCCAAAGUCUCCAGGCAUCAGGGCUGCAGCCCAAGAGCCUCAAGGCGGCCGGACGGGCAACUGGACGGCCGGACAGCCUGGCUUGCUGGCUGCCCGUCUGGUUUGCUGUGUUGUGUCUCCAGUGGCUUUAGCUUCCAACAGGAAAGCCUGGUAGCCGAGCGAACCUGUGGCCCAGGAAGUAGCACUUAAACGCCUGGAUGCUGCCUCGAGGCUGCUGUGUGCUCUGAGGUCCCGAGCAGCCCGGCCCACCAUGGACCCCUCUGCCCACAGGUCCUGAGCAGCCCCGCCCAACAUGGACCCAGACCCCCAGGCGGGCGUGCAGGUGGGCAUGCGGGUGGUGCGCGGCGUGGACUGGAAGUGGGGCCAGCAGGACGGCGGCGAGGGCGGCGUGGGCACGGUGGUGGAGCUUGGCCGCCACGGCAGCCCCUCGACACCCGACCGCACGGUGGUUGUGCAGUGGGACCAGGGCACACGCACCAACUACCGCGCCGGCUACCAGGGCGCGCACGACCUGCUGCUCUACGACAACGCCCAGAUCGGCGUCCGGCACCCCAACAUCAUCUGUGACUGCUGCAAGAAGCACGGGCUGCGGGGGAUGCGCUGGAAGUGCCGCGUGUGCCUGGACUACGACCUCUGCACGCAGUGCUACAUGCACAACAAGCACGAGCUUGCCCACGCCUUCGACCGCUACGAGACGGCCCACUCACGCCCUGUCACGCUGAGUCCCCGCCAGGGCCUCCUGAGGAUCCCACUAAGGGGCAUCUUCCAGGGAGCAAAGGUGGUGCGAGGCCCCGACUGGGAGUGGGGCUCACAGGAUGGAGGGGAAGGGAAACCAGGCCGUGUGGUGGACAUCCGUGGCUGGGAUGUGGAGACAGGCCGGAGUGUGGCCAGCGUGACGUGGGCUGAUGGUACCACGAACGUGUACCGUGUGGGCCACAAGGGCAAGGUGGACCUCAAGUGUGUGGGCGAGGCAGCGGGCGGCUUCUACUACAAGGACCACCUCCCAAGGCUUGGCAAGCCGGCCGAGCUGCAGCGCAGGGUGAGUGCUGACGGUCAGCCCUUCCAGCACGGGGACAAGGUCAAAUGUCUACUGGACACUGACGUCCUGCGGGAGAUGCAGGAAGGUCACGGCGGCUGGAACCCCAGGAUGGCGGAGUUUAUCGGACAGACGGGCACCGUGCAUCGCAUCACGGACCGCGGGGACGUGCGCGUGCAGUUCAACCACGAGACACGCUGGACCUUCCACCCCGGGGCGCUCACCAAGCACCACUCCUUCUGGGUGGGCGAUGUGGUCCGGGUCAUCGGCGACCUUGACACGGUGAAGCGGCUGCAGGCUGGGCAUGGCGAGUGGACGGACGACAUGGCCCCUGCCCUGGGCCGCGUCGGGAAAGUGGUGAAAGUGUUUGGAGACGGGAACCUGCGUGUAGCAGUCGCUGGUCAGCGGUGGACCUUCAGCCCCUCCUGCCUGGUGGCCUACCGGCCCGAGGAGGAUGCCAACCUGGACAUGGCUGAGCGCGCCCGGGAGAACAAAAGUGCAGCACAGCUCAGGCGGCCGUGGGCGGUGGGGCUGCCCCUGGCCACUGCUAACCUCAGCCCUGCCCCCCCAGGCUCUCUGAGCGUGGCCCUGGACAAGCUUCGGGCCCAGAAGAGUGACCCGGAGCACCCGGGAAGGCUGGUGGUGGAGGUGGCGCUGGGUAACGCGGCCCGGGCUCUGGACCUGCUGCGGAGGCGUCCAGAGCAGGUGGACAUCAAGAACCAAGGCAGGACCGCUCUGCAAGUGGCUGCCUACCUGGGUCAGGUGGAGUUGGUACGGCUGCUGCUACAAGCCAGGGCGGGCGUGGACCUGCCAGACGAUGAGGGCAACACAGCGCUGCACUACGCGGCCCUGGGGAACCAGCCUGAGGUCGCCAGGGUGCUCCUGAAUGCUGGGUGCCGGGCAGAUGCCAUCAACAGCACCCAGAGUACAGCACUGCACGUGGCCGUGCAGAGGGGCUUCCUGGAGGUGGUGCGGGCCCUGUGUGAGCAUGGCUGUGACGUCAACCUGCCUGAUGCCCACUCGGACACGCCCCUGCACUCCGCCAUCUCAGCGGGCACUGGCGCCAGUGGCAUCGUCGAGGUCCUCACGGAGGUGCCAAACAUCGAUGUCACCGCCACCAACAGCCAGGGUUUCACCUUGCUGCACCAUGCCUCCCUCAAAGGCCACGCGCUAGCUGUGAGAAAGAUUCUGGCUCGGGCAAGGCAGCUGGUGGACGCUAAGAAGGAGGACGGCUUCACGGCACUCCACCUGGCCGCCCUCAACAACCACCGCGAGGUGGCCCAGAUCCUCAUCCGGGAGGGCCGCUGUGACGUGAAUGUGCGCAACCGGAAGCUGCAGUCCCCGCUGCAUCUAGCCGUGCAGCAGGCCCACGUGGGGCUGGUGCCACUGCUGGUGGACGCUGGGUGCAGUGUCAACGCCGAGGACGAGGAGGGGGACACGGCCCUGCACGUGGCGCUGCAGCGUCAUCAGCUGCUGCCCCUGGUGGCUGAUGGGGCCGGGGGGGACCCAGGGCCCUUGCAGCUGAUGUCCAGGCUACAGGCCUCGGGCCUCCCCGGCAGCGCGGAGCUGACGGUGGGCGCGGCGGUCGCCUGCUUCCUGGCGCUGGAGGGCGCCGACGUGAGCUACACCAACCACCGCGGCCGGAGCCCGCUGGACCUGGCCGCCGAGGGCCGCGUGCUCAAGGCCCUUCAGGGCUGCGCCCAGCGCUUCCGGGAGCGGCAGGCGGGCGGGGGCGCGGCCCCAGGCCCCAGGCACGCGCUCGGGACCCCCAACACCGUGACGAACCUGCACGUGGGCGCCGCGCCGGGGCCCGAGGCCGCUGAGUGCCUGGUGUGCUCCGACCUGGCGCUGCUGGUGCUGUUCUCGCCGUGCCAGCACCGCACUGUGUGCGAGGAGUGCGCGCGCAGGAUGAAGAAGUGCAUCAGGUGCCAGGUGGCCGUCAGCAAGAAGCUACGCGCAGACGGCUCUGAGGUGGCGAGCGCCGCCCCCGCCCCCGGCCCGCCGCGCCAGCUGGUGGAGGAGCUGCAGAGCCGCUACCGGCAGAUGGAGGAACGUAUCACCUGCCCCAUCUGCAUCGACAGCCACAUCCGCCUCGUGUUCCAGUGCGGCCACGGCGCAUGCGCCCCCUGCGGCUCCGCGCUCAGCGCCUGCCCGAUCUGCCGCCAGCCCAUCCGCGACCGCAUCCAGAUCUUCGUGUGAGCCGCGCCGCCCGCCACGCCCGAGCUGCCUUCGCGAGCCCCCGCCCUGUGUUUUAUAAAAAGAUUCUCGGA